AAGAAAAAACAGAAAAAAGAAAGAAAAAAAAUCCAUUUGCGCUGAAGACUGCGUUUGAUUUUUCUUUUUCUUUUUCUUUUUCAUUCAUUUCUUAGCCUCCUCCUUCUCGGAAUCGUUUUUUUUUUCCCUUUUCGGUUAAUGUAUUCAGUCUGAUCAUGUUGAGGGCGAAGUUACGUGCAUUUGUUCUUUUUGGUUAUUGCAUGGCAACAAUUGUGUUCUGUUGACGUUUUUAUGACAUAUAUUGAUUACGGGAUAUCUUCUCGAUGGGGGGAGCUUGUUCUAGGAAGAGAGACCAGCUGGAUAAUGAAGAUAGUUUCCCUAGAGGAGUAUCUGGAAAAUAUUGCAAAAGUGGGAGUUCCAAAUGGUUGGCAACAUCAUUUUCUCGUCCUUUUGUAGAUAUCGAUCCUGGAAGAGCCAAAUGCUGUUCUCUUAUGAACUUGUGCAUCCAGAGAAUAUGCAAGGAUAUAGAUCAAUAUGAUAGCUUUGAGAUGUUCCCGAGGGAUAUUAGUCAGCUGAUCCUCAAUGAGUUGGUGUAUUCCCAGCGUCUAACUGAUCUUUCAAUUGAAGCUUUUCGGAAUUGUGCUCUCCAGGAUUUUCACUUUGGAGAAUAUUCAGGGGUGAAUGAUGCUUGGAUGGAUAUCAUCUCCUCACAAGGAUCUUCUGUACUUUCUGUGGAUAUUUCUGGUUCAGAUGUAUCCGAUGAUGGAUUGAUGCACCUCAGGAAUUGCUCAAAUCUCCAAUCCUUAGAUUUGAACUUCUGUGAACAAAUAUCAGAUCAAGGACUGGCGCAUAUCGGAGGCUUCUCAAGGUUGACAAGUUUGAGUUUUAGGAAAAACAAUGAAAUUACCGCUCAAGGGAUGAGUGUCUUUGCUCAUCUUGUUAAUUUGAUCAGAUUGGAUCUAGAGAAAUGUCCUGGCAUUCAUGGUGGCCUUGUUCAUCUCCAAGGAUUAACAAAGUUAGAAUCUCUCAAUAUCAAAUGGUGUAAUUGCAUCACAGAUUCUGAUAUGAAGCCUCUCUCUGGGCUAACAAACUUGAAAGGAUUACAAAUUUCAUGCAGUAAGGUUACCGAUACUGGUAUUACAUACUUGGGAGGACUGCACGAACUUUCACUACUGAACUUAGAGGGUUGUCCAGUUACAGCUGCUUGUUUAAACACUCUCUCAGCUCUUGGUGCCCUUCAAUAUUUGAAUCUUAGCAGAUGUCUUAUAACUGAUGAUGGAAGCGAGAAUUUUUCUAGGCUUGGGGCCUUGAGAAUAUUGAACUUGGGGUUCAAUGACAUAACAGAUGAUUGUUUGGUCCACUUGAAAGGUCUGACGAAUUUGGAGAGCUUGAACUUGGAUUCAUGCAAGAUUGGGGAUAAUGGCUUGGUUAGCUUGAAAGCUCUCCACCGUUUGAAAUGUUUGGAGUUGUCUGACACUGAUGUUGGGAGCAAUGGUCUGCGCCACCUAUCUGGUUUGUUUAAACUCGAGAAUUUGAAUCUCUCAUUCACCGGAGUUACAGACGGUGGCUUAAAAAAGCUGUCUGGACUCUCAUCUCUAAAAUCACUGAAUUUGGAUGCUCGCCAAAUCACGGACAUUGGACUUGCUUCCCUAACUGGUUUAGUGGAAUUGACUCAUCUGGAUCUUUUCGGAGCUCGCAUUACUGACUCCGGAAUGAACUAUUUACGAAACUUUAAGAACCUGCAGUCACUCGAAAUAUGUGGCGGAGGAUUGACUGAUGCUGGUGUAAAGAACAUCAAGGACCUAUCUUCCUUGAUGGUGCUUAAUCUGUCACAAAACUGCAAUCUGACUGAUAAAACCUUGGAGCUAAUCUCAGGUUUAACGGGGUUGGUUUCUUUAAGCAUCUCAAACUCGAGAAUCACCUCUGCAGGACUGCAGAAUCUGAAAACUCUGAAGAAUUUAAAGCAGUUGACGCUGGAGGCCUGCCGGGUUUCGGCAAGCGACAUUAAGAAGCUUCAAAUGACCGACCUUCCGAAUCUAGUGAGUUUCCGACCUGAGUAGAGGUAUGAAGAAGAGAUGUCCUGUGAUUCCCUCUGCCAUAGAGAGGCAGACUUGUAAAUAAUAAUAUAUCCAGGCAAGUUCUUUCCAAACUGCACAUAGUUUUGCAUUUGUUUCAGGCCAUGAGCUUUUGAGAGACCAAGUGUUCUUGGUUGUGUCUACUAAAAGGCUUUCUUUUCAAUCAAGUUCAUUGCAAAAAUUGGAUAAGAAUUGCAGAAAGCUUGCAAUGCAAUCCAUGGCAGAAAAAGUGGAAAUGUGAAUAAUGCAGAUUAAGUUUAUUUGAUUAUCUGUUCAGUUUGAUGUACAAAACUGGAAAUGGAUGCUCUUCCAUUUUUUUUUAAAUAAUUUGUUAUCAAAAGGAUUAC